AUGCCGCUUUCUGAUAAACCCAGCAGGGAGGAGACCCGGCUGCAAGAAGAUAAAAAGCGGACCAAGUAUUGGAAAAAAUGGGGCACCUACGUUGCCGAGAGAACUUGGGGUGUUCCAAGAGAGGAUUACACAGAUGAAGGUGAUGCCUGGCAAUUUGACUUUGAGACGGCAAAGAGUAGAGUUUUUCGUUGGAAUGAACAAGGGUUGGCUGGUGUUUGUGAUACUCAUCAAUUAUUCAAUACAACCAUGGCACUCUGGAAUGAAAAUGAUGAUAUUUUGAAGGAAAGUUUGUUUGGUUUACCUGGUGGUGCGUCGAGUAAAAGCGGGAAUCAUGGUGAGGACGUGAAGGAGUUGUACUACUAUCUCGAUAAUACACCAACACACUCCUAUGCUAAAUUUCUAUAUAAAUAUCCAAUUUCAAAGUUCCCCUAUGAGAAACUCUAUGAGGAAAAUGCAAAAAGAAGCAAACAAGAAGAUGAAUUUGAAAUUACGGAUACAGGAGUUUUUGAGAACAACAACUAUUUUGAUGUUUAUUUUGAGAUGGCUAAGGAUGGGGACGAUCCAGAAGAGCUCAACUUUAGGAUCACUGCUUACAAUAGAUCCAACGCUCCUGCUCCAUUGCACAUAAUUCCACAAUUCUUUUUCAGAAACACGUGGUCCUGGAACUUGGAAUCUGAGGCUGAUAAAGAAAAACCCACAAUGUACAAGGAAACAGAAAACACCAUCAGGAUGAAGCAUUAUAAGUUGGGAGAAAGAAAAAUUAUCUUUGCCCCUUCUCCGGGGUAUGAGGGUUCUGCUGACGAUGUUGAGCCCAAGCUAUUAUUUUCUGAAAACGAAACCAACUUCAAAAGACUUUACAAUGUGGAGAAUAAAAGUCUUUAUUGUAAAGAUGGUUUCCAUGAUUUCAUUGUUGAUGAAGUUAAUGGGGCUGUAAAUCCGGAAAAUUAUGGAACCAAGGCUUGUGCAUGGUUUGUGUUUGAUGAAAAUGGAGGUGUCCCUCCCGGAGAUUACGUAACAAUCAGGUAUAAAUUAACGAAGGAUUUAUCUAACACUUACUUGGAUGAAGAACUUCUUGAUUACGUUAUUGCUUCAAGGGUCAAGGAAGCGGAUGAGUUUUACUGGAACGUUUCUCCCUUGCCUAUUCCUCCUCAGUUGAGGAACGUUCAAAGACAAGCAUUUGCCGGAUUAUUAUGGACAAAGCAAUUUUAUCAUUUUGUUCAUGAGUAUUGGUAUAAAGGUGACCCUGAUUCGGAAUUGCCUCCAACAGAAGGUAGAGCAAACAAUAGAAAUAAAGAAUGGAAAAAUUUAUAUAAUGAGAAUAUUUUAUCAAUGCCUGAUAACUUUGAAUACCCGUUCUAUUGUUCAUGGGAUACUGCUUUUCAUACAAUUCCAUUGGCAAUGAUUGAUCCAGAGUUUGCGAAAAAUCAAUUGGAUGUUUUAACCAGAGAAUGGUACAUGUCACCUCAAGGUCAAAUUCCCGCCUAUGAAUGGAAUUUUUCCGAUACUAAUCCUCCCGUUCAAGCAUGGGCGGCCUUUAGGACUUAUAAAAUUGAGAAAAAGAAUUGGGGCACCCAAGAUAGAUUCUUUUUAGAAAGGGUAUUUCAAAAGUUAAUGCUUAAUUUCACGUGGUGGGUAAAUAGAAAAGAUGUUAAUGGAAAUGGCAUUUUUGAGGGAGGAUUUUUGGGACUUGAUAAUAUUAGUGUGUUUAAUAGAUCUGAGCCACCUCAUGGUGUUCGUUUAUUGCAGGCAGAUGCUUCUGGCUGGAUUGCUUGGUACUCAUUAACUAUGAUGAACAUUGCGUUAGAAUUAGCCAAGGAGAACCCGGUCUAUGAAGAUAUUGCAUCGAAAUUUUUUGAGCAUUACCUACUAAUUGCCGAUGCAAUGACAUUUUUGAACAAAUCGGAGAAGAACUGCUCUCCAACAUCAGACUCUUUAUGGGACAAUGAUGACCAGUUUUUCUAUGACAAGAUAUUAUGGGAGGAUGACUCUCUUACUCCAAUUAAAGUUAGAUCUUUAGUUGGUUUAAUUCCCUUGUUUGCUACAACGACCAUCGAACCGGAAGUUCUCAACAGGUUCCCCUCUUUCAAAAAGAGGUUGGAAUGGUUAAUUAGAAACAAAAACUACUUAUUUAAGAGACAUAUUGCAUCGAUGGAUGCUAAGGGUGAUUGUGAUAGGUUGCUGCUUUCCUUGGUUAAUAAGGAAAGGCUUGUAUCAAUCUUAGAAAAGAUGUUUGAUGAGACAGAGUUUUUGUCUGACUACGGUAUUCGGUCACUUUCCAAAUAUCAUGAAGAACACCCUGUUAGUAUGCAUAUUAACGGUGAGGAUUUUUAUCUUUCAUAUAUACCUGGAGAAUCAGACUCUGGUAUGUUUGGUGGUAAUUCUAACUGGAGAGGCCCUAUUUGGUUCCCAAUGAACUUCUUACUUAUUGAAUCCUUAGUCAAGUUCUUCUUAUACUACGGAUCAUCUUUGAAAAUAGAAAUGCCAGUUGGCAGUGGAGACUACUUAAAUUUAGGUCAGGCAGCGGAGGAAAUUCAGCAACGUUUAAUUCAUCUGUUUAUGCCCAAUAAAGAGGGUUACCGUGCGUAUCACGGUAGACCAUGUGAUACCCUUGAUAAUGAAGACGAAAUUGAAUUAAAUGAGGAUCAAAUUAGGCAUAAUGAAAUCCUUGAAAAGUUGAAUAAAGAUGAAUAUUUCAAAGAUCUACUAAACUUUUAUGAAUAUUUUGACGGUGAUACUGGAAGAGGUUUAGGUGCAAAAUGGCAAUGCGGAUGGACCGCACUAGUGGCUAGAAUGAUACAAGACGUUGGUGUGAUCUGCAGAGAACCAAACGCGCCAUUUAGAAGAAGGUCCUUCUAUGAUGCAAACGAAAUCCAAAACUAUGAACCUGCACCACAACCAUAUGCUUUAUUUGGUCGUAGAAAGUCAGGUAAAUCAUUGUUCAAUUUGGCUGCUGCCCAUCUAGAAUUUGAUGAAGAGGAAAAGGGAAUCCAUCAAGUGCCUGGUUUGAGCAGGCGUUCUUCGGUGAAAACCAUGGAAUCUCAAGAAUCACAAAAUGAAGAUUUUUUGAAGUCUGUAAAGGAUGCAAUGGCAAAGUACCAAAUAUCAGACGAAGUUAAUAUACAUGCUGGUGAAUAUGAAACUAACUGA